AUGACACAACCGCUAACCCUAUCGGCGCGAUGCGCCGCGACGCUCUUCAUCGUCGGAUUUCUCAUGGCCACCAUCACCGACGCCGCCGAGAUCCGGCUUCGAGAUGGAGUGCACCCCAACUCCUACCUCUGCCCCGCCGAUCUUGGCUAUGGAUGCUGUCAGAACGGCCUGGCCUGCGGAAAGAGCCAAUGCUACGCGACCGAACCGCAGACCUACGUCUUCACAAAGACGGCGACGACGACCGAGGACGGGGGCGCGGCGAAAACGCUCACCAGCACCAUUACGACGACAGUGACCCCGACCGGGGACUCGGAGCCCACGGGCGCAUUUCCGCCAGAGACGCAAUUCGCCAAGUACUACCCUAGCGCCAUAGAUAAGGAGCAGCCCAUCGUGACGAAUACAGAGGACAAGGACGACGGCGGCGGCGGCGGUCUCACGGGAGCGCAGAUCGGAGGCGCCGUCGGAGGCGCCGUGGCCUUGUUGGCGAUUAUCUUAGUGGCGGCCUUUCUCGUGAUCCGGCGACUCAACCACGUCGCCAAGGUCGUCCAGGAGGGAGGCGCGAGCGUGAGCGGAGGAUCUGGGUCGACGGCGGACACGAGCGACUACUUCAAAAGGCGUAUCCUCGCCCCGUACGCGGCACCGAAGCGCCUCGUCUACCACGUCGGAGCCGGGCUCGCUGUUCGGGCUGCGCUCGGCCGGAGGGGCAGCAGCGGGUUCUCGUCGCGUCGACAGAGUCACAGGUCGAACUCGGAGUCGACGGCGGCGGGCUCGAGCACGCCGGGGACGUGGACGCGGAGCAACAGCACGUCGGUGAGUCGGAGCGGGAGCAGUGGACGGCGGACCUCGGGGUUCGGCGACGCGACGGGUGUGUCGAGCGACAACGAAGGGGAGGAGAUUGCGGAGCUCGAGGCCGGCGAGCGCGCGCUCGACAUGGUGUCCGAGGCGGGCGAGUUUCACGGAUACUACGGCCCGGCGGACAAGUUGAUGGGGCAGACUGCGGCCCGGCAGGUGGCGGCGGCCGACAAGGCCGCUCGUCCGGUGUCGAGCCCGCCUGCCAUGGCCGGUGCCUCGGAUCCUGCGCCUGGCGCUGAUGGCCGGGAAGAGAGCUGA